UGACCACCUGACAAACUCAGCAAUAGCAGGUAGCGUUUUUCUGAAGCAUUUCUGUCUCAUAAAUCAUUGAAGGCUCGUAAUAUUUUCAAAGCUUUUCACACUGAGGAUGGCAGACCGGACAGCUGUGAAAUUGAACUCCAGUCAACCACAUUUUCUACAGUUCAACGAUCUGGCCUGUGAGGCUGUUGGAGGAAAGGUGGUUUUUGCAACUGAUGAAUGGUUUGCUCCUGCUGAAAAUCUCUUAAAGAGAGGGCCUCCGGAGUUCCUAGCCUCAGCUUUCACAGAGUUUGGCAAAUGGAUGGAUGGUUGGGAAACGAGGAGAAAGAGAAUUCCAGGUCACGAUUGGUGCAUUGUGCAGUUGGGAGUUCCUGGUGUCAUUCAUGGAUUUGAUGUGGACACGUCAUACUUCACAGGAAACUACCCACCUUCAAUUUCUGUUCAGGCCGCUUGCCUUGAUGAGCUGUCUUUGCCAUCUUUAUCUCUUGAGGGGGACCGUACAGGAAUGGCUGCUUCAGAGAGCCAGUUUGAAGCUGUAUCACAGCUUCACUCAGAGAAUUGGGAGGAGCUCGUAUCAGUGACAGAGCUGAAGCCUGGAUAUGCUGAUUCAUGCCACAACUACUUCAGUGUGACCUUCCCUCACAGAGUCACUCACAUUCGCCUGAACAUGUAUCCUGAUGGAGGUAUUGCAAGACUGAGGGUGUACGGGGUUGGUCAGAGAGACUGGUCCACUGCAUCCAGUCAGGAGAAGAUGGAUCUUGUUGCCAUGGUCAAUGGUGGGGUGUGUGUGGGCUAUAGCGAUGCACAUUUUGGUCACCCACGCAACAUGAUUGGUUUGGGGAGAGCUGACAACAUGGCUGAUGGGUGGGAGACUGCUCGGCGCUUGGAUCGUCCCAAAGUGUUAAAAAUAGACGAAAAGGGAAUUUUGCAGGUUCCUGGUUUUGAGUGGGCCGUCUUCAGACUCGGGCAUCUAGGUGUGAUCAGCAAUGUUGAGAUAGACACCAAUCAUUUUAAAGGUAAUUUCCCUGACUCGUGUAAAAUUGAAGCCAGCUGUUUGACCUCCAAGGAGGAAAAGACUUUCAUAAGCUGCAAGUGGAACAAUAGCAAAGGCCCCAGAUGGCGAAAUCUGCUUCCUCCUCAGAAACUGAAGCCUCACUACAGGCACUUCUAUUCCAGAGACUCUGUGUUGCAGUGUGGGCCUGUUACUCAUGUGCGGUUGCUCAUAGCCCCAGAUGGAGGGGUCAGUAGGCUCAGGCUGUGGGGUCAUCCAGUUGUCAACAACUCUGCUAAUCUUGGUCAAGUCUCAAAACUGUAACCUGAUGAUGUAUGUUGAGGAAAGCUUACAUUCAUGUUGUAAUAGAGCACUGUGAUUACAGGAUACUUGAGUAGAAUUCUUUCUAUUUCAUGUUUCAAGUUCUGCAUUUUCACAUUUGAAAAGAUUUAAAAUUCCUGAUUACUGUCCUGUGUCUGAAGAGUUUAAUGCCUUUCAAAGCUAGUUCACAGAAAGUGAAAGACUAAUUGGUUAGAAAUUAAUUGCCUGAUGCCUGAAACACUGGUUUUCCAUUACUUGGUCUCUUCUAACCUUUAUUGUCCUCUUGAGGGCAUGUAAUUACUGUCAGUCAGAUAAUGAAUGAGGUGUUGCUGUUUUUCAUUAGGAGCUAAUGAUAAUCAGGAACAAUAUAAAAUGAAACAAUGGUAACUCGUUAUUAAUGAACUGAAGUUAUUGAUGAUCAGGAAUAGUAUAAAGUAAAAUACAUGGUAACUUAUAACUAAUGAACCAGGAGUUAAUGAAAAUCGGGAACAGUAUUAUAAAGUGAAAUACAUGGUUAUGAAAGAAUGAAUGAAUGAAUGAAUUAAUUAAUUAAUUGAGAACCGUCACUCUGUUUGCACACUGAAAUUAGACCUCUGCAUUUAAACCAUCCGCACAGUGAAACACCCACAUACAUGCACACUAGUGAACACACACACUAAGGGGCAGUGAACACACUUGCCCGGAGCAGUGGGCAGCCCUAUCCACAGUGCCCGGGGAGCAAUUGGGGGUUAGGUACCUUGCUCAAGGGCACUUCAGUCAUGCACUCACUAUUUAUUAAAUAGGAGUUAAUGCUAAUCAGGAGUUAAUCAUGAUCAGGAACAGUAUUAUAAAGUGAAACACAUGGUAAUUCACUAUUAAUGAAUUAGGAGUUACUGAUAAUCAGGAACAGUAUUAUAAAGUGAAACACAUGGUAACUCCCUGUUAAUGAACGAUGAGUAAAUCAUGAUCAGGAAAAGUAUUAUAAAGUGAACUAUGUUAGAAAUAAAAACCCCUAAA